AUGCCCCAAUCAACAGAAAAAGGACUCGCAGCACCCACUCCCGCCGGCGGGGAGAAUGGGUCGAACGAAAAGAAGUUUACACGCGCCGACACCAAGGCAUCGGGCAACACGGCCGUCUCGCAGGCAUUGCCAUUCACACCUCACUCGGCUCCGUCGUCCAAGGUGCUCGAGGCGCUCAACAGUGACGCCGAGAAGGGAUUAUCGGACGCGGACGCAGCCAAGCGGCUUGAGCAGUAUGGGCUCAAUAGGCUCAAACCGCCCAAGCGGCCCAGUCCGCUCAAAAUCGUCGGCAGGCAGCUCGCCAACGCCAUGUCUUUGGUCCUGAUCGCCGCAAUGGCCGUCUCGUUUGGUACUUUCGACUACAUCUCGGGCGGUGUCAUUGCCGCUUUGAUCAUACUCAACGUUGUCGUCGGUGGAUACACGGAAUGGCAGGCUGAAAAGACUGUCGCCUCGCUCGAAUCGGUCGGAGCACCCCAAGCAACUGUCAUGCGCCACUCUGGCAACUCGGCCGCCCAAAUCAAGGUCAUCUCGGUCGACGAGGUCGUCCCUGGAGACAUUGUCAUUGUCAAGAAUGGUGACAUUGUGCCGGCGGAUGGACGCGUGCUGGAUGGACAUAUCAGCAACCUCGAGGCGGAUGAGGCGUUCUUGACGGGAGAGUCUUUGCCGGUGGCCAAGCAGUCUGAGCCGAUUGAUGAAGAGGAGUGUCCCGUAGGUGACCGCUUGUCCAUGGUUUACUCGGGAUCCCAAGUCACCAAAGGCCGCGCCCGCGUCGUCAUCGUCUACACCGCCAUGGGCACCGAGAUUGGUAAAAUCGCCUCGGCACUCGACUCCAAGGCCGCCCGGAAGGAGACGGGUCUCGCCGCCACCUGGUACAAGUUCAAGGUCAUCCUCGGGUUGGAAGAGACGAGUCCUCUCCAAAUCAAGCUCAACCAGCUGGCCUACUCGCUUCUCGGUGCUGCCAUCAUCUGCGCCAUCAUCGUCGUCGCUUCCACCGGCUUCCGGGACGUACCCCUCACCGUCGCCACCUAUGCCGUGGCUUCGGCCGUGUCCAUCCUCCCUGCCUCCCUCAUCGCCGUCGUCUCUCUCACCCUCGCUCGUGCCUCGCAGGACCUCGCCAAGCGGAACGCCCUCGUCCGUCGGAUGGAUGCCAUCGAGGCACUCGCGGCGGUCGAGAAUGUUUGCUCGGACAAGACCGGUACCCUUACCGUCGGCCGGAUGGUCGUCCGCAAAUUCUGGAUCCCCAAGGCUCACGGCCGCGGCGGCGAAUUGGCCCCUGUCAACACCCAGAACGGGCAAGCCUACUCGUUCGAGACCGGAUCGGACCCAUUCUACCCCCGAGGCGAGGUCAAGGCGGACCGCAAGGUGCUGGCGUCAGACAGGGGCGGCGAGGUGAUUGACCUCAAGGCGAGCAAGCGUCAGGCGUCCGAGGACGAUGAGGAUGACGACCGCGAAUGGGUCGUCAACCACGAGGAAAUGGAGGAGGGGUUGCAGGCUAUGGUGCAAUGUGCCUCUCUCUGCAACCAGGCUGUUCUCUCCAAGCCCUCCGAGGAGAGUGGCAACUGGGAGGCCAACGGCGACCCCACCGAGACCGCUCUCCAGGUCGCGGCCUACAAGCUCGGACACGGCAAACCCUUCCUCACCCACUCCAAGAAACACGACCUCCACCGUAUGCAAUCGGUCGCGUCCGUCCACCGCCCUCCCGUCGUCGGUAUGGACGGUCAUUUCGAGCAGGUCGUCGAGCAUCCCUUUGACUCUACCGUCAAGCGCAUGUCUAUCGCAUUCAAGUUUGUUCCCCACUCGGACACGGCCAAACCCUACGUCAUUUGCUUCCUCAAGGGCGCGGUCGAGCGGGUCUUUGAGCGUUGCACCACCGUCCACGGCGAGGAAUUCACCGAGGAGCGGCGCGCAGAAGUCAUUGCCAAGAUGGACGUGCUGGCCGCGCAGGGAUUGCGGGUGUUGGCGCUGUGCGGCAAGAAGGUGGGUAUCGAGGAGCUGGAAAGGGUGGCGACGAUGGGCAGGGACGACUUUGAAGCGGACUUUGCCUUCCUCGGUCUCGCCGGUAUCUUUGAUCCGCCACGCAAAGAGUCGGCCGGCGCUGUCGCCGACUGCUUCCGCGCCGGUAUCACCCCUCGCAUGCUCACCGGUGAUCAUCCCGCUACCGCUACCGCCAUCGCCCUGUCUAUCGGCAUCAUCGACAAGACCUACUCCAAGACGUCGGUCAUGACGGGUCAGCAAUUUGACGCGCUCUCGGAUGAGCAGGUGGAUGCGCUCGAGGAGUUGCCGUUGGUCGUGGCGAGAUGUGCACCAGAGACCAAGGUCAGGAUGGUUGAUGCGAUUCACCGCAGGGGUCAGAAAACUGUCAUGACGGGUGAUGGAGUAAACGACUCUCCGGCACUCAAGCGCGCCGACGUUGGAGUCGGGAUGGGUACAGGAUCGGACGUUGCCAAGCAGUCGUCCAACCUCGUUUUGGCGGACGACAACUUUGCCACCAUCUGCCGAGCCAUCCGCAAGGGUCGAUCGGUGUUUAAGAACUUGCAAAAGUUCCUCCUGUACCUGCUCUCUGGAAACGUUGCCGAAAUCGUGGUCCUCCUCAUCGGUCUCGCUUUCAAGGACGCCAACAACCAAUCCGUCUUCCCGCUCUCCCCCGUCGCCGCUCUAUGGAUCAACACUCUCGCCGCCGGCCCACCCGCUAUGGCUCUCGGACUCGAGCCUACCGCGCUCGACGCGAUGGACCUCCCGCCCUCGGAAUUCAAGCACAUUUUCACCCUGGAAUUCUGCGUGGAUCUCGCAUUCUACGGAUUGCUGAUCGGAGCGCAGUCGUUGAUCAACUUUGUGAUUGUCCUCUGGGGUUAUUAUCCUGGAAACCUUGGAUUGCAGUGUAACGAGGGACCCAACACUAUUUGCGACCCCGUCUUCAAGGCCCGGGCGACUUGCUUUGCCACUCUUGUCAUCAUCUUGAUGAUCCACUCGCUCGAGUGCAAGCACUUUACCAAAUCCCUCUUCAAGAUGAACCUCCUCGACAACAAGGUCCUGCUGUGGUGUGCCGUCGUCCUCGCUUUGACCACCUUCCCAAUCGUCUAUAUCCCAACUAUCAACACGAGGGUGUUCUUGCUCGAGACUAUCGAGUGGGAGUGGGGAAUCAUCUUUGGCCAGAUCCUGCUCUACAUUGCGUGCUCGGAGGCGUACAAGUGGGUCAAGCGGAUCAUGCAGCGGCACAAGGCUCGUCCUGCUGGGCGUGCACCGGCAGACAAGACUCUCAGGAUGGAGGCGACCAUUGCUCCGGCAUAG